AUGCGGCAUGGGUUCGACGAGGACGCUGGCACGAUGGGCCAGGCAAGCCGGCCUCGCCUCGGCUGGGACGAGCCGCUGAAGGAGCUGGGCUGCGGCGCGAGGAACGUUCUGAAGAGGACCGGGGACGAGUGGGUUCCGGAGGCGCCUGGCGACUGCUGGCUGCUACCCGCCAGCGACGAGGUGGCAGUCCAGAUAGCCCAGCAGCAGGACCGCCUGAGGAAGCUGGGCUGGAGGCUGCUCAGUAGCGAGGCUGCGGUGGUCGUGAGGCUGGGCAACAAGGCGCUGCUGCGGGAUUUUGCCGAGCAGCGGGGCCUGCUGGAGCAUCUGCCGGCGCACUACGCGUCGCCGCAGACGCGCGCUUCCCAUGCAUCUUGA